AUGGGAUCAUCAAACACCCAACGUGGCCUCGAUAGUGGGCUGGCGAAGGCAGCUCCGACAGCUGAGGGCUUGAACCAGAAGACCUACAGGUCUUACCGGCGCAGGCUAGUCCUUUUUAGCAAGCAGUGUGCGCGUCGUGGGCGCAACACUUCAAUCGAAGGCGCUUUCCUAUGCCUUUCAUUGCUUCAGGACACUGCCUGGGACGCAACAGAACAGUUGGAUAUCGAUACAAUCGAGAGCAGCUCUGACCCCUUCUCUCCGAUGCUGAAGCUCCUGGACAGGUUGUAUCAGUACGAGAAUGAUGUUGAACUUCCCGGCCGCUGUGAGGAAUUCUUUCAAGAGUUCUCUCGCCUCAAAGGCGAGGAGUUGCAAGCCUACUUGAUAAGACACGCAACCAUGCACAAGAAGAUGUCCGAAGUCGGUGUUGCUCUUCCUGAUCUUCUUGCAGGCUGGCAUCUCAUGACGCGGGCAGGGAUUCCCAAAUGGACGCACAUCCAAGUGAAAAGCCUUUGUGGAGGUGAGCUCCAAUAUCAGAGAGUUGCCCAGGCAUUGAUGAAAAUGUUUGGAGGCGACCACAAGCCGAAUGUCAGAGACUUGUUUCGUGCUGGCACCUCGGAGGCUAACUUCGUCGAUGACGAGGGCGCUGACGUCUUCUACGAAGAGGCCGAUGGCUAUGGGCAGUACGAGGCCGACUUCUACGAGCACGACGGCUAUUACGACGACGAUUUCUCCGGCUAUGACGGCGAUGCCUACUUUGCAGACGGCGAUGUGCCGGAGGACUUAGAGCAGGCCACGGAGGAGAUGGACGAUGCUUACAUGAAUUAUGUUGAGAGCAGACGCCGCAUGAAGGAGAUAGCUCUUUCUCGAGGCUUUUUCCCGGUGGUUGCUGUGGCCCCUCCUGAGUGGCAGGCUUCAUCGCCACACUCUGGAGGUAAGAGUGGCAACAAAGGCCGAGGAAAAGGAAAGGGCAAAGGAGGUGGCCGAUCUAAAGGUUCCGGAAAAGGUGGAGGAAAAGAUGGUUUUCGUAGAUACGCUUUCAAUCGUGUUCCUGCAUCCGGGCUUCGUCGCAGUGCUGCUUCCAAUCAGGCUCCUUCCAACAAUAGUGGUGACCAGCUCAAGUCAACAGGAAGCGGCUCCACUUCAGCGCAUGGUCCACGCUUCAAGCGCUAUCGUCUGCAGGAUGCCCCAAGCAAACCCGUGGAUGACGCCAACAUGGUCGACGACAUCGCCGACCUAAACACCCGCGAUGUGUCAGAUUCUGCUGAGCUCGAGAUCCAUGUCUCCGCCAUCAAUGCAGCAGAGGAAGUCUAUUUCAAUGAGGUCGCUCCCGGUCAUGCGAUUGUCGAUUCUGGAGCAACCAGGACUGUGGUUGGUGACAGGGUCUGGGAGCAGUGGCUUCAGUUGCUCGGUCGCGCUGGCCGUCAAAACGAGGUAGAGGUUCGAAAGCAAGUCCGCGAUUUCAGGUUCGGUGACGGCUCCACCCUCAGAUCAAGCCUUGAAGUGACGUUUCCAGUGGUGGUUAGCGGUCUGGCAAAGAGGGUAACUGCUUCCAUCAUUCCUGGUGCUACCCCUAUGCUUCUUGCCAGGCCUGUCUUAGAGGAGUGGCGAGUCCUUCAGGACUUUGCUUCUGGACGGCUACGGCUAGAUGGGCAGACAGAGUGGUUGACGCCUGCCAGAACGCGCAAUGGCCACUAUUUGCUCAACUUAGCCCCUGAAGUCAAAGACCAAGCAUUGCAUACCGAGGAUGAUGACAACGAUGAGCCCUACACGGACACACCUUUGGUGCUUUGCCCUGGUGAAUUCCCAGACGAUACAGACGCCGCCUACAACAUGGCCAACGACGAAAUUGAUAUCGCCGCUGAAGAGAUUGAUGCGGCGAUUGCUACGGCCGAGGCGGUGGUGAAUUUCAACCAAGAGGGUAGGCGAAAAAUCUUUUGGGAGCUCUUCGUGGACCAGGGGAGCCUCAGCAAUGCCCUCGCUCAAAAGGUUCCUGGAGUGGAGGUCUCAACAUUCAGCUUGCCCGAGUGGGACUUCAACCAGGCGGCGACGCAAGAGUCUUUCUACGCCCUGAUGCGGAAGAUUAUGCCCAGUCAUGUUUGGAUGGUACCACCUCGUGCAAUCUGGUUGCCCAUGCAGAACCUCAACAGACGCACUGAGGCCCAAGACCGUGGAUUGCUGCAACAGCGCAUGCACCUGUCCAAGGUACAGCUGCCUUUUGUGUAUCACGUCUUCCUCUUAGCACUGGAAAUUGGUGCCCAUGCCACACUCGAGCAUCCCUUCAAAUCCGUCAUGUGGCAGGUCAACCCCAUCAAGCAGCUGCCCGAACACUACGACAUCAAAGUAGACCGCUGCAGGGCUGAGUCUAUGCACAAGCAAACGUUGUCGAAGACCACUUCGCCUGGCCUGGCACAACACCUUGCAUUGGCUUACAACCGUACUGUUCCGAAUGUGCAUGCGUUUGCAAAAUCCGCUACAACAGAUGCGAUUCAAGAUUAUGAGGUUGGCUUCAUCAACAACGUUGUCCAAGCACUCCAACAGGACAUGGAGGAGACGUGGGCAAAGCGUGAGAUGGUGCAUAUCAUGAUGAUGGAAGACCUGCCGGCCUCCAACAACAACAGCCAGCACGCAGUGGAGGAAACCAACAAGCACUUGGCGCGCAAACAUGGGCGUCAUGCAGUGCUUACCGUUGCGAAGCUGCAUAGGCAACUGGGGCAUCCGGGUAAUGACAAACUUUGCAAGGCCGUGAAAGACAGCAACCUCGGCAAUGAUGUGGUGCAGGUGGCUCGACUCUACAAAUGCCCGACUUGUUUGUCCCACGCUCCGGCUGCACUUGCUCGCCCUGGUGCAAUGACUACAAAGGCUGCUUGCUUUAACCAAGUGCUCCUCAUCGAUGGUUAUGCUGUUCGCUGGCGCGGGGAUAAAAUCAACAUCCUUGCCAUGAUGGAUUCCUUCUCUCGCUUCGAACAGCAAGCACAGCUGAUUGAUGACAGCGCGGAGUGCGAAAUCAAAGUUCUUGAGCAGCAUUGGCUUCGCUGGGCUGGGCCCCCUGGGGCCAUCAAAACAGAUGCCAGCGGCUCGCACAUGAGCGACCGCUUCUUGGCUUGGGCAGACGACCGCAACAUCAAACUCAUCGUGAUUCCAAAAGAAGCGCAUUAUCGACUUGGGGCGAUGGAGAGGGCCCACGCUGUUAGGCGAGCGCAACUUAUGAAGAUGCAUGAUGAAGUUACGGACCUGUCCUUGGAAAAUGCCUUGCAGUAUGCCGUUGAACAGCGCAAUCGUUUGCGCACCAUUCAUGGCAGUGCUCCUGCCAGCAUCGUUUUCGGUGCUCUUCCUGACCAAGGUGGUGUUGAUGAUGAGCCGUUCAGUGUGGCUGCCGCCGACGCAGCAUCCCAACACCGAGUGCGCGAGCUGCGCACCCUCGCGGCAAAUGCUUUUCACGAGGCCAACUCCGACCGUGCUCUUCGUGCUGCCGUACUUGCACGCUCACGCCCCGAGCCCAUCAUGCACAAUGUCGGCUCCUAUGUGUUUUACUUCCGGCAACACGGCACUGAGAACAAAGGUGGCAAGCUCAACCCCGCUGCACGUUGGCGCGGCCCUGCUUUGGUUUGUGCCGUAGAAGAUCCUGACAACGGUCGUGCUGGUUCCCUCGUCUACUGGCUGGCGCAUGGUACCAGUUUAGUUCGGUGUGCUCCGGAACAGAUUCGGCCUGAACUCCCGGCCGAGCGUGCGGGCCGCCUCCACGAAGCCCCUGAGACGGAGGCUUCGCAACCUAUCAUGCAACGCAUUGUCGCUGCCUUGCAUCCUGUUCGCGGCCCUGUUCGUUUUCUUGACCUUUGCCCCCGAUCGUCGGCAGCUGACGCUUCCGAGGAUGCCUCUGGCUUCACUUCCACUGAGGGUGCCUCCCUUUUGACGCCCUCCGCUUCAACGAAGCGACCUCGCCAGAUGCCGGCAAACGCAGGCCCGGAGCCAAGUGACAUGGAGACGGAAGCCAACACAGAGACACAAACACGGGAAGAGCAGCCAAAGCAUCAACAACACGCACCGCCGUCGGAUGAGCUGACACGACAACCAGAUCAACAAGCCGAGCUUCAGCCCUCGGACUUGCACAGUCAAGCGCAGACACAGGAGCAAACAAUGCCCCGACCACAAGAUCAACCAUCCGCAGAGCCAUCGCAGUUGCAAGUACGCAACAGGUCCAGAAGUCCCCCUCGUGAAGCUGCAAUUCGCGAAGGCAUCAAUCGAGCCAGAGUGUUAGAUGGGUUGCCACCGUUGCCAGCGCAGGCCCCAACCCCCAAAGUGUCGUCUACGAGAUGGUCCUCCCCGGACGUCACUCUCGAUGACUUCGCGGACGUCGACGAGGAGCUCAUCACCUCUGAAGAUGCGCCGCUCGCCUGGGUGCUGGACGAGGCUCUCAUUGCAGCAAACGAGCUCGCGGAGCGACACUUGUCUGUGGAGGAGAAGCUUGCUUUUGACACCGCCAAGGACGACGCUUUGCGGCCUUGGAUUGAGAACAUGGCGUGGACGAGAGCCAAAGCAAGCGAGGCCAAUGAGGGCGAAGCCGUUCCUAUGCGAUUCCUGCUGAAGUACAAGGACAAGGACGGACAAAAGAAAGCCAAUGCACGCAUCAUUUUGCAAGGAUUUCGUCACACGGACGUCGCCAACAAGAAAUUGGAGACCGAAUCCCCAACACUCUCCAAAAUCGGCAAGAGUCUCAUCCUUUUCCUCUGUGCGCAAAUGCAGUGGAAGGUGUGGUCAGCCGAUGUAAAGUCCGCCUUUUUACAGGCUGAUCGCAUCGACGAUGAGGUCCGUAUCUUUGCGAUCCCCAAUGGUGAUAUUCGCAGGAGACUGGCUAGAAUGAUUGGGCUGAGAGACGAUGAAAUUAUGAAGAUCCUCAAACCAGCUUUCGGUGAUGUUCGAGCACCAAGACAGUGGUAUGGCACGGCAGAUCGAGUCAUGACCGCUGAGAUCGGCCUGCUACGACACAAGCUGGACAAGUGUGUGUACAUGAGCGUGCGCCCUGCCUCUGACAAGGACGACACUUUCCGGACUUUCAACGUCAAGGGUGCCGCCUACGUUGUAGACGGUGUUCUGGGAAUCCAUGUGGAUGAUUUAGUCGGCGGCGGCGAGGGUGUCAACACAAAGGCCGAUGUCGAGCAGGAGGGUCCGCACGAAGCAAGCUGUUUCAAAGAUCGUGCUCAGCUUUUGUUACAUCGCUUCCGCUUCGGCAACAUCGACUUCGGCUACGACCAGGUGUUCUGCGGCGUGUCGUUGAUGCAAAACAUCUCGCACGACCUCAUCAGCCUCAACCUCCACGACUACGUGCACCACAUCAAACCGAUCACCAUUGAAAAGAACCGUAAGCAACUUCCAGACGAGCCCCUGUUGGACAAAGAGGUCGCCCAACUUCGGUCCCUAAUUGGGGCACUAGCUUGGCCGGCCACGCAAUGUUUGCCAAUGCUCUCUGCGUCGAUUUCGCUGCUUCAGUCUGCGAUGUCCAGCCCGAGGGUGAGCGAUCUGCUUGAGGCAAACAAGACCCUCAGAUUCGCGAAAGAGGCCGUCGACAACUAUUCUCUGAAGUACCACAAGCACGGCGACUACCUCAGCCAGCUCACCUUCGGCGUCUACACUGACGCUGCCUGGGCUGUUCGUGGUGACGGUUCUUCCCAAGGCGGUUUUGUGGCGUUUGUGGCGGCCAAAAGCCAAGUGGACUCCGGCAAGCCUUUUCCGCUAACUACGCUGGACUGGGCCUCCAAGAAGCUCACCAGGGUGUGCAGGUCAUCGCUGGCGGCCGAAACACAAGCUGGAGCAAAUGCCGUGGACGAGCUGGAAUGGCUACGUUCUUUCUUCGGCUUGAUAUUGUGGCCACUAGAAGACCCCCUGUCUGAAGGUCUCUCAAAAGCUUUCGGCGCCUUCGCAGUGACAGACGCCAAGAGCUUGUACGACGCCUCUGAGUCCAUGAGCUCUGGACUCAAGUUGUCGGAGAAACGGAGCGCUAUCGAGUUGGCAAUGGCCAACGACCGCUUAAAAGCAAUGGGCGGCAAAUGGCGUUGGUGCAACAGCGCACAACAGUUGGCCGACGGGCUGACGAAGGUGUCUGCUCGUCCUCUUUGCUUGGAAAGCUUCAGUCGCGGUGUCGUUGCACUCAAGUUCGAUGCGACCAUGGUCGCAGCAAAGAAGGUUUCCGCAAGCGCUCGACAAGCUGAGGUUCAGGAACUCGACAAUGCCGCCCAACAACUUUCCCAGAAUGAGGCACUUGUGGUGCACUCUUCUCUACCUGUCUGCAAACUUCCUGGUUGCAACAAGAAGGUGAACAACACUGCCGCUGGUCAUCUGUACUGUUCACGACGCCACUUCUACAAAAGCUUAGCCCCACAGGAUGCAAUGAAGAAUCGUGCUCUUUUCGCAGCUCUCACGUUGGCAGCUGCAGCAACGGAGGCUGAAGGCUACGACCUGGCCCGCUUCAUGAAGAAGAAAGUGACACGACCGCCGAUGAUUCCAAUGCAGUUGGUCCUCGACUUCCUCAUCCUGGCUACCAUCUUCCUCUCCGCGACGCUCCUUCUGGUCUUUCUCCGCAACAAGACGACGAAGGUCAUUAAGGGCAUCUCCAUCGCGGUCCUCAUGGAU